AUGAGUGAACCCCGGAUUACAAUUGCAAUUCUUGAAGAUGUUACAGAACAACUUUCUCCGACUUCUAGUGUCAGAGGUAAUAUAACGCUAUGUUCUGUAGGCGAAGCUUUUCAAUUAUACUUUACUUUACUAGAAAAUUCAUCAAAAUCAUGGGUUGUCAACGCCAUGAUCGACCCAUCAUCUUUAGAAUCGAAUAAUUGGGUAGCUGGACAGCAAUUCCUCAUUAAUAUUCUUUCAGUUGAAUUUUUCACUCUUUCAUCAGAUCCUCUGCGCUUUAUAAUUUCGCCAAAAGGCAAAGAAAACCGAGAAUUUAUCAUAAAUCAGUCUCAUGGUACUAAUUUUACUGAAUUUCUCGAACAAAUAAUCAUUCAUGGCAUAGCUUUACCGACAGCGAAGCUUAAUUUAUCGUUAGAAGUAUACAGCCAUACAUACAAAAGCUUAUUCCCAUUCCAUCCAUUGCACUUGUCGAUAACUUAUGACAGUCAUAUUGAAAAUCUCUUUAACAACAUUACAGAAUUCGCAUCCAAUGUUAUUAUGCAGUAUGAAGCAAUGAAUGCGAUCCCAUCUGAUUUACUUGUUGCAAUUGCAUCCUUUGCUGUCAGUGACGGACAAAGAGCGAUAAACAGAAUCAUUGUACCAAAAUACAAACGACUUACUGCCGAUGAUUUAAAGACUCUUUAUGAUUCUGAAGGCAGAUUCCUUGAUUUCGAGUUAUUAAAGAAAAGAAUUUCAAAUUCAGGUUUAGAUAGCAAUUGUUUACCAGAACUCUUACCAUUCUUAACAGGUAUAUACCAACCUCAUAGUACUUUCGCUGAAAGAGAAGAGAUUAAAAAAGAUUUAAUCAAACAAUACAAAAUGCUUCAAGUUCAGUACAAUCAGAUGUCAAAGGAACAAAAGGAAAACAACAAUCUCUUCUUCCCUUUGUCUAUUGUCAUCAGAAACGACGUACAUCGUACAGAUCGCGAACUUAAAGCCUUCAGAAAUGACAAAGGCGAAGGUCUGAAGAUUCUUUCGGAACUGUUGAACUGUUAUCUACUUUACAGACCAGACGUUUCUUAUCUCCAAGGCAUGAAUGACUUAAUUGUUCCUUUCUUACACGCGUAUAUACCUGAUUGGGAUGAAAACGGUACUCCUCUAUGCGAUAAUCUUGUAGAUAAGCUUGCUAUGGUGUUUUGGACCUAUGACGGAAUGAUAAAUUCGUUAGGUCAUGAUUAUUUCUUGCCAAACUUAACGAAAAUGUGCAGAACUGUAACUAAUACCGCUGUAAAGGUCAUUAAGAAAUUCAGUCCUAUCACAUAUCUCUUCUUUAAGUUAAGUGGAAACACAGAUUUGGUUUUUACUUAUUCUGAAUACGUUUUGAUAUACAAACGUUCAUUCAGCGAUAUUUGGUAUUUAUGGCUAGGCAUGUUAUGCAUGGAAAAUCCUAAGCACGCGUUGUAUUUACUUACUGCUGCUGUAAUCAUCAAAAUUUUCCCUGGAAUCGCUGCUCUCCCUGAAUGGUCAAUGGCAACAAUGAUGGGAAGUUACCAAGCAAACCUGUCCAACGUCAAAACUUCUGAUGUCAUCCCAUUAAUGCUUUAUUUGGAGAGAUUUGAGAAAACAGACAUUUACGAAGAGGUUGAUAAGACUGAAAUACAGCCAUUUAACUCAACAAGAUUCUUUAAGGGAGGAAUUCUUCCAUCAAAUUAA